CAGAAACAGCGACAAGAGGGCUUGAAGAGCUUGCAGUAGCAGUAACGAAACAUAGACGGUUGCAUAGAAACAAUAAACACCCGCCCAACCCUACAGCUUGCUCAAGAAACGAAGGCAGAGCAACAGAGCACGACGGGAAGAAACACGAGAUGGAAUUUUUAUUAUUGGUUUUCUCGAAUAUAAGGCCUUAGACUACUCUUGGGCCUCACAAACAUAAAAUAAACAAAAGAAGGUCCAGCUUCUCUUAAACGCACAAGUAAAAACAAGUGGCAAUGAGUACAGAGACGCAGAAAAAAUCUGGGCCGCCUCAAAUUGUUAGAUUGGAUAAGGCUUUGAAAUUGGCUGAACAAUGGGUUAAUAACAUGAGCAAUUCUGUAGAGGAUGAGAAAAAAGAAGUAGAACCAGAGGGUCGACCUAACAGGCUUGGACUUGGCGCGAAAGUUGCUCGUGAAUUCAGAGUUGGACCAUUAAAUGAUCCUGUUGAAAGGAAGUUGCAUGCCAAAUUGGAAGCUGGAAAAAGAAAGGCUGCUAAAAGCAUUGAGGAGUCCCUUCCAACUAAAAACGAGGGACGCAAUAGCAAUGAUAAUGAUGAUGAUAGUGAUGGUGAAUUGGAAAGUAGAAAUAGUGCAUUUGCCAAGAAGAGAGCAGGUCCUCCAACUCCAUCUUUACAGUUAAAGAAGAAACAGAAGUAGAUGGUAACUUUGUCAAGAUCGAAUUAUUUUGUGUAAUAUUGAUGCUUAUUUUUCAAUAUGAAAAUAUAUGUCAAGACUUGGUAGCAUUUGCAUUUUCCAAUCAAAUUGCAUAAUUUGAGAGGCUACGUUGCUAUGUAAGAUACAAGUUCAUUUGACCUCGAAGAGCUUGUGGUUUUUUGAGUCUGAUA